ACCAAUCAUCCUGUUGAAUCUUCCUUUUUAAAUUUCAAGUUCUAUUACAAAAACAUAACAUUAGAUAAAGAAUAAAAGGGAAUGGUCCCAGCCAUAGAAUAAAUCAAAAGGAAAAGCAAAGAAUGGCAAAAGGACAUCGCAUACUGCCUCAAUGGAAAUAAAUAAACAUAGAAUUCCAUAGAAGAAGUCAUUUUGAAAUGGAAUAUAAGAUUUAUUAAUGGAAGCUUAUCUAAAGGUUCAAACUCUAAAUCAUUGCAUUCAUAAUAAGUCUCUCUCUUUCUUUCUUAUGAUCUUCUACGGUUUUCCUUGUUAACUAGCCAUUCCAAAACUCUCAAGACCCAACUCAAAACAUCCCCAAACCUGAACUCCAUGAUCAAAACAGCAAUCAAAAUCUUUCUUCUAGCAGUAGCUACCUCUUUCUCCUUCCUCCUCUUUUCUCCACCACCAAAAUCUUUCUAUUACUCUCUCUACAUAUCCCCUGCCCUAUCUGACAAUGUCUCAGUAUCACAACACCUCCAAACCCUCACUCGCCGACCCCAUGUCGCCGGUUCAGAGGCCAACGCCGAGGCUGCAGCUUAUGUGUUAUCAGUUCUCACUUCCUGCAAUAUAAAAUCACAUAUUGCUUCCUAUGCUGUCUCCCUAACUUACCCAGUUUCACGUUCUUUAUCACUAACACGUCCGUUCCCGGACCCUCCCAUCACUUUCUCUCUCCGCCAAGAAAUUUAUGAUGGUGAUCCAUUUGCUGAUGUUGCUGUUCAAGUCCUACCGACGUUUCAUGGAUACGGGAAGUCAGGUACUGCAACAGGACCAGUUGUUUAUGUGAACUAUGGACGCGUGGAAGACUACGUGACAUUGGAAGAAAUGGGUGUGAAUGUGUCAGGUAGUGUUGUGUUGGCAAGAUAUGGAGAAAUAUACAGGGGAGACAUUGUGCAUAAUGCGUUUGAGGCAGGUGCUAUUGGGGCUCUGAUUUAUACAGAUAGGAAAGAUUACGGCGGCGGGAGUGGUGACGCAAGGUGGUUUCCGGAUGAUAAGUGGAUGCCACCAAGUGGAGUCCAGGUGGGUUCAGUUUAUGAUGGGGUGGGUGACCCGACUACACCUGGAUGGGCUAGUACAGAAGGAUGUGAGAGGAUAUCUAAUGAAGAGGUUGAGAAAACAGGUGAUGUUCCACUUAUACCUUCGUUGCCAAUUUCGUCACAAGAUGGCCAUACAAUCAUGAGGUCCAUUGAGGGACAAGUGGCGAAUCAGGAUUGGCAAGGAGACAAAGAUGCCCCUAUUUACAGGACUGGACCAGGACCAGGAGUUGUAAAUCUCAGCUACAAGGGAGAACAUGUCAUUGCAACAAUCCAAAAUGUAAUUGGUGUCAUUAUAGGAGAAGAGGAGCCUGAUCGAUUUGUCAUCCUGGGUAAUCAUCGGGAUGCAUGGACGUUUGGAGCCGUAGAUCCUAACAGUGGCACUGCUGCUCUCCUGGAGGUUACGCAAAGACUAGAAAAAAUGCAGAAAAGAGGGUGGAAACCUCGACGAACUAUUCUGUUAUGCAAUUGGGAUGCUGAGGAGUAUGGCCUGAUAGGAUCUACUGAAUUGGUAGAAGAGAACAGGGAGAUGCUAGCUUCAAGAGUUGUUGCUUAUUUGAACGUUGACUCUGCUGUACAUGGAGCAGGAUUCCAGGCCUCGGCAACUCCACAACUUGAUGAACUACUCAAACAAGCUACUCUACAGGUUCAAGAUCCAGAUAACUCAUCACAAACUAUCUACGAAUCGUGGGUUGGUUCCAGGAAUUCUCCAGUGAUUGGGAGACUAGGAGGUCGAGGAUCAGAUUAUGCGGCUUUUGUGCAGCACAUCGGUAUUCCAGCCGUUGACAUGUCUUUUGGAAAAGGACCACACCCAGUAUACCACUCAAUGUAUGAUGACUUCGUCUGGAUGGAAAAGUUUGGAGACCUACUGUUCCAAAGACAUGUUGCAGUCGCAAGUGUUUGGGGUUUAGUAGCUCUUCGACUAGCAGAUGAGGAGUUCUUACCUUUCAACUAUCUCUCCUAUGCUUGCGAGCUCCAGAAAAGCGCAGAAGACUUGGAGGAUGAAGUCUCAGGUAAGGGCAUAAGCUUGAAUCCCUUGUUCAAGUCUAUUGAAGAGCUAACAAAAGCAGCCACCAAAAUCAAUGAUGAGAAAAAGGCAAUAAACAAGGCUAAAGGUUGGGCAUCUAUAUGGAAAAAAGAUCACUCUAAGGUGAGACAGCUAAAUGACAGACUAAUGAUGGCAGAAAGAGCAUUUACAGAUCGAGAUGGACUCUUUGGAAGGACAUGGUACAAGCACUUGAUUUAUGCGCCCUCAAAGCAUAAUAAUUAUGGGUCUAGAUCCUUCCCUGGAAUACAAGAUGCCGUUGAAGAGGCAAACAAUCUAAAAACAGCAGAGUCAUGGCUUACUGUACAACAUGAAGUUUGGAGAGUCUCCAGAGCAGUCAAUCAUGUCUCUCUAGUCCUCAAUGGGGAACUAACAUGAAAUGCAUAAUCUACAAUGUAAUGAUUCUCGAGGCAAUUUAUGAACAAAUGUUCUGGAUGUACUACAAGUUUACUAGAGGAACGGUUUAGCCAGACACAAUGGUAGUCAGGAGACAGCCAAACUGUUCUUGACUUACAUGAAUAAAAAACAGAACGGAAUAAAGUAAUUGACAAUAAGCCCUAUAUUUCCAAUUUUGUCCUUAGACUUUCUCUGGGAUUAAAUUCCUAAUUAAAUCACAGAUU